CAUCAAGAAGCUACUUAAGGGGCUUUUGUGUAUAGUGCUACCUUCUUCAACAUUCUGAGUCCCGCAAUGACCGACCAUGUUUCAAGCGUCCAACAGGACGAACAACAAUAUGACUUCUUUCUCUAUGGUACCCUCUGUGUACCUGCUGUACUUGCCAAAGUAUUGGGACAUAAAUGCAAAAACAUCACUUUUCAGGACGCUCUUCUACCUGGCUACACCAGGCACAAAGUCAAGAAUGAGAUGUAUCCGGCCGUAAUCGAUAAAGCCCGUACUGAUCAACUUCUGAAAGAUAACCCUCCGAACGCUAAUGAAGUCAAUACUCGAGGAACCUACGUAAAGGGCCUCUCCUACGCCGAUGUCCACGCUCUUGACAUGUUUGAAGGAGAAGAGUACUCUCGUCUCCGCCUGCCACUGCAAACCCUCUCACAACCCGCCAACAUUCAAGAACUUCCCACCGAGCUCGUCAAUCCUACCGCUCGCGAGGGGCCUGCUUUCAAAUCUUCCUCUGUCGAGGACGAGCCUGUAGAUGCCGAGAAGAAGGAUAUGGUGGAGGGGUGGGUGUACGUCUGGGCUGGAUCUUUGGAGAGGCUUGUCCCCCAGAUAUGGCAGUUCGAAGCGUUCAUUAGGGCAAAAGCAUCGGAGUGGAAUGAUCUUCCGGAAGAGUGGUUUAUCAGCCUUCCCCCGGAUGGCGAGCUACAGCCCCCCGCCAUUGAGAGAGAAGGAUUGCAAGGAGAAGAAGAGGAGAUUGAGGAUGGGGAUCAAUCGAAGCUCAAAGGGAGAACGGCUGAAGGGUUCGAGGAGUUUGGCAAGGGAAUGUUAAAGCACUGGGCUUUUCGUCCUGGAUAUGUCAAUCUCAAUCACGGUUCUUAUGGUUCACCUCCUCGGCAUGUUUUAAACUAUAUGCGAGAUCUUUCUGAAGAAAUCGAGUCAUGUCCUGACCUCUUCCUGCGUCGUACCUACUUGCCACUCCUCAAUGAAACUCGCCAAAAAGUCGCAGACAUCAUUGGUGCCGAGCAAGGAGAGGUGGUUUUGGUUCCCAAUACGACACAUGGCGUGUUCAAUGUGCUGCAGAACAUCAAAUGGGAUGAGGGCGAUAUUAUUGUAAUCUAUUCAACGACAUAUGGCGCUGUCGCACAGAUGGCAAAGCACUUUGCCGAUGUUCUCCCCAUUUCCCUCCACAUUGUGUCCCUCACCUUUCCUUGCACCCACGCAGAGAUUCUCACCGCUACCGAAGACGUAUUGGCCCAGUAUAAUAAGGUGGCGAUUCCCAAUUACACCGGACAAAGUAGGGCCGAAGGUAAAGAUGGGAACCACCAGAGAGUUAGGGCGGUGCUGUGUGACGUUUUAGCCAGUAUGCCAGGCGUGCUGUAUCCAUGGGAGAAAGUAGUGACCCUUUGCAAGAAGUAUGGUGCACUCUCCAUCAUCGAUGGUGCGCACGCCAUUGGUCAGAUUCCUUUAGAUGUCAAGAAGGCCGAUUGUGACUUUUUCGUUUCUAAUUGCCAUAAAUGGCUCAUGGCUCAUCGCGGUGCAGCACUACUUUAUGUCCCCACACAUAAUCAGUACCUCAUGCGGACUUCCAUCCCGACAUCUGCAGGAUAUGAGUCUAGCAAGUAUCCUACUCCUGGGGGAGUGAGAUGUUGGGAUUGGGCCUCUCAAUAUGAGUGGACAGGUACACAGAACUGGACUCCUCUCUUCUCGGUUUUGUCUGCUAUAGAAUUUAGAAAGUCAAUCGGUGGGGAACAAAGGAUAAUGGAUUAUUGUCAAUCGCUUGCAACUGAAGGAGGCAAAAGGCUUAAGAAAAAAUGGGGUCCUCUUACCAGCAUAAUGGACACCAAACCCCCUUCUCUUAGUGUUGCUAUGGUAAACCUUUCUCUUCCUCACAUCCCUGCACCCAAUGAUGCUGCCGACCAAGUGAAACAACUUUGUUACUUUGAAGAAGGGAUGUAUGAGGCAAACUGUUUCGCAGCCUGUUAUGUGCAUGGUGGAAAGUGGUGGGUCAGGUUCUCAGCUCAGGUAUGGAAUGAUUUGAGUGAUUUUGAGUAUGUUGGAAAGGUGCUAGAGAAACUAUGUCUGGAAAUCAAAAAUGGCAAAUAUCUUGAACAAAAGAGUGUCAAACCAGUGAGUGAUGUGCCCAAACAGGACAAAUGAUCGUUUUCCACAACCAGAGACACAGUGAAAUUUGUAAAUCUUGUGUCAGCAACUUGUCUACCAUUCUUCUGCCUACUAUCUGGUUCAAUCUUAUUUGCUUGUCAAGCAUGAUAUCUCAAGAAUCAAAUGGGAUGAAUUGCUCAAGGUGACGCCAUUCUGUAGCAUCUCAUGCACCUGAUGUGAAAUGUAUUUUUUUAUCCAAUCAGGCUUUUCUUAGUAGAAGAAUCGCUUAUCAGGCCUCGACUAUAUUGGUGGGCAUCAUGAGGGUCAUACAUUCAUGUAGCCAAUCCAUCUUUCAUUAACCUGGUCCCAAUUGCCUCUACAAUGCAUCGUUAAAUCUC